UGAGCCUAUCAGCAGGCAGGUGAUAAUCAGUUGUCCUCGUACUUUGCCUUCAAAGUGCGACCAUUGAACAGCUUGUGGCUAAGCGUUGGGAUCGUCCAUCAUCCCUUGGCGCUCGCUUGGCAGGGCAAGCAGGACCGCGGACGAUCCCGCGGACGAUUCAGGGUCACAGACCACGGGAUCUGUUUGGGCUUAUAGCUUAUAGCUAACGUGUUCAUUUACACCAAGGAUAUUUCUUCUUGUUUCUCUGUCUCCGCUUUUGUCCAUUCCCCGUGCUUGUUUGCUCUCCGCCGCCUACCUAGCGGGAGUGACGGUUUGAUUACUGAAGUCGGCAAAAUUCAUUAUGGAAUCUGAAUCUGAAUCUGAGUCUGCGGCUCAACAGCUCCCUCCUCCCGCUGACGACGCUGUUGGCAAUCCAUCUACGGCCAGUGCCCACCUCCAAGGGGCUCACUCUCAUUCUCACUCUCAAACUCAAACUCAAACUCACAUUCACACUCAAGCGUCCCCCCACUCUGCUCCCUCUCACACCCACCCUCACGCACUACCACCCCCAUCAACUUCAACAAUCCAAAUGAUGUUGACAGAAGAUUAUACACGAAUAUACCCUGUUCGAUCUUUAUUGUCGGACGUCCAACCUGAUCCCGAGGGUUCAACCGGUCCUGCUAGCAUUAUCAAUAUUGGAAAUAUAGGCGCAGGUGUAGGUGGCACUGGAGGGUCCAUCCCCGGUGCUGCUGGGACUGGCGUCCCUCCUUCUAUUUCCACUUCUGGCUUCAGUACAGGUACUUCUUCGACUCUGGGAUCUACCUCAAGGAACGCAGCCGGGACUACCAUCCCUGCCGACAGCGUUCCUCCCAUCACAACCCCAAAUACAAGUUCAUCACCCUCUCCGCCCAUCUUUCCACCAACGAGCCCCACAGCAAUGUCAGCGGCGGGAGGAGGAAUAGGAGGUUUCCAUGUCCUAAGUCACGUCCUCGAAGCCGAUAAGAAUGCACAACAGAGACAACGUCUGCGGAGGUCCAAUUCUAUUUCGUUACAGAUCCAACUACCUCCGUCUUUGUCGUUUGAUUCGCUGCCCGCUACCGCUGCUGCUAGGCAGGUCAGGGAAACCGGAACCGGUUGCGGUUUUGGGGACUCCGCCAGCACUGCUCCAACGACUCGGACGAGGUCGGAGAUACUUCUUCCAAGUCAGAAACUUACUGAGAUUGAUGAUACGAAUGCUACUGCUCGUGCUGAUACCGAAGUUCUGAACGAGACCGUGUCUCUUACCUCCCCUGCUGAUUUAUUAACUUUCCACACUGGUGAUGUCUCUAUAUUAAGGAACUCGGACAGUUUCGCCAUGCCGGCAGUGGGUGGCACUCAUACCGAGACCAGUGGUGUUUCCACGUCUCAAAGUCUGGAAAUGCCAUUGAAAGCAGAUCUAGCCCCUUCGUUGCACUCUCUGCCCAAAUUCAAAGAACCCAUCCUUACUUCCACUUCUGUGGCCCCCUCAACGGCACAAAAGGAUUCUGACGAUACUCCGCCAACAACAGUGACGCAGCAGACAUCAAGUCUUGCAGCAGGAGGUUACGUCCAUCUAGGUCCUGUUCCUACUUCCAUAUCCCCCAUCCCUCAUUCCAUGCAGAACAAAGGCCACUUGGCGGAUCAGUUGGAAGGAUGUUCUACUGGAUUGAGUUCUGGAGGCCUUGGGAAUAGACUCAUCGCGAAGUAUAGAGAGGAUGGUGAUGACCCUACUGUGGCUGGUUAUCAUCAAAGAACGACGGCAACGGAUGACGGAGACAUCGGUCCUGCCGUCGAUCCAGAUGCGCCUUCUGGCAUGGGAAGCGGAUUUGGUGGUGGUGACAGAAGUGGCAAUGAAAAUGGGAGAAAUGAGACGCUUGACGUACUGAACGAAGAGGAGAAUAGUAUGAGUGGAAGUGAGUGUGUAUCGGGGUCGGAUGGGGAUGAAGGUGAGGGGGAGGGGGGAGAAACAGAGGUUUAUUUCAGGACGACGAGGUUUAAGCAUGUUGAGACUUCUCAGGGUCAUUAUCUGUUGUUGGGUCGGGAAGGUCAAUUGGAACGGUGCGAAGAUGAGCCUAUUCGGACUCCUGGUGCUGUUCAGGGAUUUGGUGUAUUGAUUGCCUUGGAGGAGGAUGAAGAGACCGGGAACCUUGUUGUUCGACAAGUAUCAGAGAAUUGCACCGAAUUGCUCGGAUUGACACCCCAUUACCUCUUCAGUCUUGAAUCUUUCACAGAAACUCUCCCUGACCAUCAAGCAGACAUUCUCUGGGAUAAUAUCCAAUACCUAGAUGAAGAUCCUGAUAGUCUUAAUGAAGAUGGACCUCAAAUUUUCUUACUUUCAGGUUACGGACAACCUGGGAGUGUGAUUAUUGAAUCGGGGGAAAGCGGAAAUGAGUCUGAUGCGGGUGUUGGCGGCGCGUCGGUCGCGGGGAGUUUUCCGUCUGGAUCCGAGACUGCCACUGGGACUACGAGCUCUGGCGGGGUUUCAGAGGAACGUCGACAUUGGACUUGCUGGUGUGCUGCUCAUCGAGCUAAGGCUGGUCCUGGAACGACUCAAGGUGGAAAUGUCAGCGGGAAUUCCGCCAAGGGACGACAGUACCUAUCCGGGGAAUUGCCAGUGUCAUCAUCCACCAAUCACCAUAUCAUUUUGGAAUUCGAACUUGAGAGGGAUAUCUAUAACCCCCUGUAUCCCCCUGCUGAUCUUCCUAUCGCUGCUCGUGGGCCCCUCUCGCCUCCCACUACGAGCAGAAGUGACGGCAUAAGCAGUAGCGCUUCGAUUUCCGGAAAAGACUCUGUUGGAUCAGAUCGAACAAGCACGAAGGUCGAGAGCGGUACGCCCCCUCCGCAGCAUUAUACGCCACCGACGCAUCGUGGUUUGGAAGGGGAUGAAGAUUGGAUGCCUUCGGCUGAAGCUAUUUAUUCUAGUACGACGAAUAGGGCUAAGCCGAUCAAGGCUCUGGAGAGGAUGAGAUGGAUGGAAAGAACGGCUCACCAGAGGCUAUUGCAGCAGGUUGAGAGAGGAAGUGGUGGUAAUCGACAAGGAUACGGGAGUCAACAGAGAUCUAGACGUGGAGGGAGAGGUAUAAAUACGAUUCCAAGAAGUGGAGGUACUGGGACCCUUGAUGUCUUUGCGGUCUUGGCUCAAGUGAACGAACAGCUUUCCGCUGCGCCAGAUCUGCAAACUUUUCUGGAUGUGGCGGUGGGAGUCAUGAAGGAUUUGACUCAAUUUCACCGAGUGCUGGUUUAUCAAUUCGAUGAGCAUCAUAAUGGAUUUGUCCCUGCUGAGAUUGUCGAUUGGACUCGGACGCAUGAUUUGUACAAGGGGCUUCAUUUCCCGGCUACGGAUAUUCCAGCUCAGGCAAGGCAACUAUACAAGAUUAAUAAGGUUCGAUCGCUCUAUGAUCGCAGACAGCCUACUGCCCGAUUGGUUGGACGUACCCGGGAGGAUGUUGAUAGGCCUUUGGAUCUUACGCAUUCGUAUCUCAGAGCAAUGAGCCCUAUUCAUCUGAAAUACCUCGCUAAUAUGGCUGUACGGGGUUCUAUGUCAAUUUCUAUUGUUGCCUUUGGUCAAUUAUGGGGGUUGAUAUGCUGUCACUCAUAUGGAGAUUACGGCAUGCGAGUGUCGUUCCCUGUGCGACAGAUGCUUCGGCUUCUGAGCCACUCGAUCUCACGGAACGUCGAGCGUCUAAGUUAUGCGCAGCGUUUGCAUACUAGAAAAUUAGCAAGUUCUUCUAUAAGUACCAUCCCCACAGAUGCCCAUCCCACUGGUUACAUCGUUAGCAAUGCGGAAGAUCUACUUGGUUUGUUCGAUGCGGAUUUUGGAGUGCUUGUUAUCGGAGAAGCGGCGAAAAUUUUAGGACCAAAUGAACAUGGACAGGAUAUCCUGAUGAUGGCUGAAUACCUACGACUAAAACAAUUCAAAUUAAUGCAAGUCACGCAAGAAGUGACGAAGGAUUUCCAAGACUUGAAUUUGCCUAAUGGAUUGAAUGUGAUUGCCGGAUUGCUUUAUGUUCCGCUCUCAGCCGGUGGCGGAGAUUUCAUCGCUUUUCUUCGUAAAGGCCAACUUCGGGACGUCUCGUGGGCCGGACGGCCAUCAAAAAUGGAAGAUGGACAAGCCUCGUUAGAACCUCGUUCCUCAUUUAAAGCAUGGACCGAGAGCAUCGCUGGACGGUGUCGUGCCUGGACAGAUGAACAGCUUGAUACUGCGGGUGUGUUGGCUUUGGUAUAUGGGAAGUUCAUCGAAGUGUGGCGGCAGAAGGAAUCAGCACUCAAAACCACACAACUCACUAACAUCCUACUUUCAAAUGCGAGUCAUGAAGUGCGCACGCCCCUGAACCAUAUCAUUAACUAUCUCGAACUUGCUCUCGAGAGUCAACUGGAUAACGAAACACGUAAUAAUUUGAGCAUGUCGCAUGCAGCCUCCAAGAACUUACUGUUCACUAUUAAUGACCUACUCGAUCUUACUCGCCUUGAAAGCGGUAAUGAAAUCGCCAACAACGAGCCUUUCGAUUUGGCGCAAGCUCUUCAAGACGCCGUGGAGGUCUAUCAAACCGAGGCCGUUCGACGUAGCAUUGAGUUCACGCUCAUUACACUUGAUGUCCCGAAGUUGGUCAUUGGAGACGCAAGGAAAAUUAAAACUGUGGUUGCAAACCUUACUGCCAACGCGGUUAAAUACACGGAGAAAGGAAGCAUCACUGUGGAAUGCCGCACAUUCAACGAACCUGCCGGCCUUCGCGAUUCGGGGUCAAAAGUCAUGGACAUUAUCGUACGCGACACUGGUGUCGGAAUAGGGAGCGCCAAACUCGAGAGUAUAUUCCGCGAGUUUGAACAGGUUGAACAAGCAUCCCCUCAGGCUGAGAAUACCUCUCCGGGAUUAGGACUGGGUUUGGCCGUCGUAGCUCGUAUCGUGGAACAACUCGGCGGGCAGCUCAGAGUUGACUCGAAGCUAAACGAGGGCUCUCGUUUCUCCUUUUUGGUCCCGGUAUCGGUUCCUACGCCUGAGAGCGGAUCUACUGAUCGGACGGUCGGACAAUCCAUCCGGGGCCAACGACGUGGAAACCGAGGGAGCAUUGCAAGCGGAAGUGGAGGCAGCGAAAUCGACAGUAUUGUUGAGGCAUUGUCAGCCAGUGUUUUUGAUGACGACGCUUCUCGCCAAGCUAUGAACUCGGAGCGGGCUCUAGAUCCUCGAACGUCAGCUCAAUCGGGGAGGUACAAAGAACGCAGGAAGUGGGGUCCGGAAAGGAAGGGUUACUCGGGAGAGGUCGAACCGGAGGGCUCCAAUUUCCCGGUUCGAGUGGCGAAAGUAGAUUCAUUAGGCCUAGAUCCGCCUCCGCUGGCCGUUACCAAGGGUCCUUCUACCAGCACUGAGAUUUGGCGGCAAACCCUGGGAGAAGCGGAGAAACCGUCGCCUCCACCAGCUGUUGGCCCUCCUCGGUUCAUUACUGACGAACCAUCACGGUUGCGAGUUCUGGUUGUCGAGGAUGAUGCAGUUAACCGGAAUGUACUCAACAAGCGUCUUUCCCUGGACGGACACACUGUGGCCGUUAGCGUGAACGGCCAAGAAGCGGUAGACAAAGUUCGUGAAGACCGCGCAUUUGAUUGCAUCCUGAUGGACAUACAAAUGCCUGUGAUGGAUGGCAUCGAAGCGACGAUCCAGAUUCGAGAGGUUGAGAAGCAGAGUCCUCUUCCAUUGGACGAAGUCAGACCAUCGCAAGACUUCAAUGGUCGCAUUCCUAUCUUCGUCGUCAGCGCGUCGCUGAAAGAGAGUCAACGACUUCACCUCAUGGACUGCGGAGUCGAUGGCUGGGUUCUGAAACCGAUCAAUUACAAGCGGCUCGGUGUCCUCAUUUCCGGAGUGACCGAUCUCCCCAAGCGUCGUGAUUCCGUGUACUUUCAAGGGUGUGAUUGGGAGGCUGGGGGAUGGUUCAAAGAAGCGCAACUCUCUGUCGGUUCCCAAACAUAGGGCCAUGCAAUGGUCUUUAUCACAGACGCACCUAUCCUCUCAUCUUUGGGUCGACUAUCACUCUGUCGUUGAUGUUUUCAAGUUUGGAAGGGUCCUACAUAAUUAACAAUUUGAUGCCGAUUCGGGAGUCUAACCGCGAUUGAAUAGUAGAACUCUAAUAGACUCCGCCAUCACUCAGAAUUUCCCGCGUGACGCACAUAAUGAUCACUCAUGCCGAUCAAUUCAGUAGCGUGGACGGCAAACUUUUUCUGAGUCAGGGUAUCCCAAAGUUUCCUUUUUUCGUCAUGUAUCAGUCAGUGUAGUACUGUGGUACAUGGUCACACAGACCGUAAUCAAGCCUAAAAAGCUGCCGAUAACUCUCACUCUAACAAUUUAUCUUGUGACUAGACUGAAUUGAUCUUCCGAAGGUUAUGUGUUAUUGGAAAAAAAACAGAAACAAAAUUCCGAGAUGAAAUU